UUGUUCAUUGGUGUGUUCCGAACAGAUAUGACUUCACAAAUCAGACAAAACUUUCACCAGGACUGUGAGGCUGCACUAAACAGACAAAUAAACCUGGAGCUGUAUGCAUCUUAUGUUUACCUCAGUAUGGCAUAUUAUUUUGACCGGGAUGACAAAUACCUACCAAAUUUUGCCAAGUUCUUCGGAGAACAGUCCAAAGAGGAGCGCGUGCAUGCAGAGAAGCUGAUGAGUCUGCAGAACAGCCGCGGAGGCAGAAUUUUCCUGCAGGACGUCAGGAAACCUGAUCGCGACGAGUGGGGCAGCGGGCUGGAGGCUCUGGAGUGUGCCCUGCAGCUGGAGAAAAGCGUAAACCAAUCCCUGCUGGAUCUGCAGAAAAUGGCGACUGAUCACAACGAUCCUCAUAUGUGUGACUUCAUAGAAACCCAUUUUCUAGAUGAGCAGGUGAAAUCCAUCAAGCAGCUGGGGGACUGGAUCUCAAACCUGCGCCGUAUGGGAGCCCCUCAGAACGGCAUGGCUGAGUACCUCUUUGACAAACACACCAUGGCCGAGGAGGGCAGUUAA